UUGUCAAUGUCUUGUCAAUUGAAAAAUUCGAUAAAGAAAUUUUGCCGUCGUAAAUUUAAGAAUUGUCUACAAAUGAUAGCACUAAGUUUUCAAACUCAAUUUAAAAGAUAAAAAAACAGUUUGUUAAGAAGUUAAAAUAUUUACAAGCUAGUGUUAUUAUAAUAUAAACAAAAAUGGCUGAUAUUCUCGAUAUAUUAGACAUUGAACAGCCCGGGACUGCUGAAAUCACCAGAGAUAGCAUAUUACAUGGUGAUAAAAUGAAAAAGAAGUAUGUCACAGCCAAAGCUGCUCGUAGACCUGAAGGAAUGCAUCGGGAAGUUUUUGCAUUACUAUACAAUGAUAACAAAGAUUUGCCUCCUCUUUUACCAACUGAUACAGGCAAAGCAUAUAAACAAACAAAAGCAAAGCUUGGUAUGAGAAAAGUAAGGAAAUGGGUUUGGGCUCCAUUUACCAAUCCAGCUCGAAAAGAUAACGCAGUCUUUUAUCACUGGAAAAGAAAAACUGAUGAAAGUAAGGAAUAUCCAUUUGCACAAUUUAAUAAGCAAGUUUCAAUACCAUCAUAUUCAGAGUCUGAAUACAAUCAAUACUUGAAAUCAGAAGAUUGGAGUCAGGCAGAGACGGAUCACUUAAUGGAUCUAUGUCAGCGCUUUGAUCUCCGUUUCAUUGUCAUCCACGACAGAUGGGAUCGCGCUGCCUUUAGGGAUAGAAGUGUGGAAGACUUGAAGGAGCGAUACUACAACAUUUGUGGCAUUUUAAGCAAGGUAAAAACGAAUCCGUGGUCAAACACAGUGACUAUGGUUAAUGGAGAGAAACGGGUGUAUCAUUAUGAUGCAGAACACGAGAGGAAAAGAAAAGAACAAUUACGGAGAUUGUUCGACAGGACCAAAGAGCAGAUAGAAGAAGAACAAACGCUACUGGCUGAACUUAAGAAAAUCGAAGCCAGAAAACGUGAAAGAGAAAGAAAAACACAAGACCUGCAAAAGCUGAUAUCAAGAGCAGAUGGGAAUAGUGCUGCAGCUAACCAAACUGCUAUAGCAAAUGAUGGAAUGAACACACCAUCCACUGUGUCUUCAAGCAUUGCUAGGAGACAUGAUAGAAAACUUCAUAAGAAGAAACUGGCUUCACAACAAAGACCAAUGCGAGCUAUUGAAACUGUAACAGUAGAAUGGUCCGGUAUAAAGUUCCCAGAGGCGCGCGGCACUGGCGUGUGGCUGCGCUCACAGCGCAUGAAACUGCCUCCUGGUGUAGGACAGAGGAAGACUAAGGCCAUCGAACAGGAGUUGCGUCUCAUGAAUAUCGACGUAGCCCCAACUCCUACGGAGUCCAUAUGCAAACAUUUCAAUGAGCUGCGCUCAGACCUCGCUUUGGCUUUGGAUCUCAAGAACGCUUUGACUUCGUACGAGUUUGAACUGCAAGCACUAAGACAUCAAUAUGAGGCUCUUAAUCCUGGCAAGACUUUGACAAUCCCGCCGUCAAUUUGUAAUACCUCAGCUGAAGCGGACACAAAGCCUCUUGGUGAAAUAAUCGAUGUAGUUGGCUCUCCAGGCUCACAUAACAACACCAUCUAGUAUUGUCUCUGCCGUGCUUUUGAUCGGGCCUUGUAAAGACGAUCAGAUUUCAUUUACAUUGUGCAUCAUAUGGUGACUGUGUAGUGAUAAUCAUAACUAUUGUUUUAUGAACAAUAAUAUCCAUCUUGUACUUUAUCAAGUGAAAUAUUUGACAUUUAAUAAUUAAAAUGUUUAAGAUAAAAGUGCAUAGAACAAUUUGAUUAUUGUCAUGUAUACUAGGUGUUGUGUUAUUAUAAGAAUAUUAUGUAAAAGAAAUAUUCCAUUGUAUAGUAAAUGUGACUUAUUGUACUUUUGAUUUUAUUUGCUCUGUAUUUU